GUGUCAACCACUUCCCUUUUCUUCAUUUUCACACUCUCAAAAAGAAACCUUUGAAUACUUUGCCAUGGCUUCUUCAAAAUCUAAUACACUAAAACGUAUUUGUACUUGUUCUCCUACUACACAUCCAGGUUCUUUCAGAUGCAGUCUUCACAGAAAUGUUCGAAAAUCAUCAAAAAAUAGUUCAUAUUCAACAAGUUCUAAUUGGGAAUUGGCAAAGAAUAUGGCUAAAGGUAACUCUUUGAAAUCUUUGCUUCUUCAAAUUAUACAGCCUUCUAGCCAUGAUCUUCAAAGAAGAAGGAAUUUCCAGCCAAAACCUUCUAGGUUUUUUUUGGUUGAAUAA